UCAACCAAAAAGGCGAGUACUUUCGAGGAGCCGCUUUCUGCAUUUUCGUCGCAAAGCCAUACAAAGGAACACAGCUCGUCAAUAUGAGAGUUAUACUGUCUUUAUUCCUCUCUUGCCUCCUGCUUGGGUUGUUAUUGGCCAGAACAGGCAAUGGUCAACUGGUCACUGGACAGGGCAUCCUUCCUACUGCACAAGGAACCGCUGGUAGCUCAGUGCCCGGAGCCCCGACCCUCAACGAUGCCCUCACUAGUAUCCUUGGACCUCUUUUGAGUGGUAACAACGGAGGAGACAACAGCGUCAUCGGAAGCCUGACUAAGCUCUUGAACAAUCUUCAAACCGUGUCGAUCGGUUCACUACUUCAAGGUAUUUUGAAUGGAAAUCUUUCAGAACUUGACAAAAUACUUGGCCCUGUAGUAGGACUCCUGCAAAGCUUACCAAUAGUUGGCCCACUCAUAAUACUCCUAUCGCAAGUAUUGAGUAUUCCACUAACUCUUGUCGCAAGUAUAGUCGCUUUAUUACUCGAGCUCUUGAUAGUUCUCUUGAGCAUAACGAGAAGUACGAGUGGUUGAUAACUGUCUUACGCAUUAGCGUUCGUAUAAUUUAAUUUGGAUAUGCAUAUUCAUAUAUUAUACAUGUUACAAUAAAAUGUACAUUUUGAAAAAUAAAAUUCUAUCUCAAAAGUGAAAAA